AUGGCGACUAUCAGCGACCACUUCGUCGACAAGACUGAUCCCGCUCCUUAUCACCAGGCCAUUUUCCUCUCUCAGAAAUCGAUCAAUAAUGGUUUCAGCGCAAUGUGGGAGGCUGCGCAGGAUAUACCGGAUGAUCCGGAUAAUCCAGACCCAAACCAGAAUCCCCUCAAGUACUUCAGCGUCCCUAGCAGGACACAGGAAUACUUCAAGUUCAAUACUGGAAAGCCCGAGGUACGGUUGCAGGUUACUACGGGUGGAGAUCCCAUGCUAUACUUUCGGCUCCGCACCGAUAACGGCGGACUAUGGGUUUUCACCACAGAAGACCCUAAUGACGACACCCACAUUGACUGGGACAUUGCGGGCUUUGUAUUUGCUUUCUCGGUUAGAAUUGGGAGAAAGGAGAUCACCAAAGAGUCGCAGGAGUACAAAGACUUCAAGGACCGCGCUGGACUCCCCAACUCCAACUUCACCCUGGCGAUGCUUUUCAUUGAUGCAUCAACAACCACAACCUGGAAUGACGAGCUUAGUGACUUCAGAGACAAGGCGGACGAGUGGAGAAACCUAACUCCUGAGGCCCGCGGCACAAUUAAAACUUGGGUUACAAAGUGGCUAAAUAUCACGAAUGAAAAGGGCCAAAGCAUUCUGGGAUAUUCCGCAGAGCGCCAGGAAGAUGACGAGUUAAACGAAUAUGCACCCACAUUUCCUCCAACCAGUAUUGACUACUACUGCUAUCCGUGGAAGGGCUUGGAUGGCUCCGAGGCCCCAAAGGACGACCUGGAUACCAACGCCCUCUCGUAUUUGAUGAUGUCCAACUUCGAGGAACCCCCGGCUGGCGGGUCAAUUGAAUACACCGGCCCUUGGGUUGAUGAUAGUGAUCGGCAGGGUACCUUUGUUAUGAACCGCACUUUGUUUUGGCCUUGGAUGAACCGACUGGUGCGUCAGAUGGUCAUUGCUAUGACCCCUUACCCCGAUACGCCCUUUGUCGAAUGGAGUGGAGAAAACCCAGACCUUCCUUGGCGUAGUGGUAUUCGCUUCCACGCCGGAGAUGACGAUGCUCAGGACAGUGAAUACCAGUUUACUGAGAGUUGGAACCCAUUCUAUCCAGGUUUCCGUUGGUUUUUGACCGGCCCAAACCGUCACAGCGAAGCUAGUGCUACCAAUCCCCAUGAUUCUAAGAACAAAAUGAUACUAAAUGAAGACACGAGCGAUACCCAUGCUAGGAUCAGAUUCAUUCCUGGUGGAGAGCAGGUGGAUCUGCGGGGAUCAAGUUCGUUUAAAUUCCGGGCGGAUCAUGAAAGAAAGCGCCCUACAUACACGGAAAUGCGCUUUGGAAUUAAAUGGUCAAUCUCACUGGCCAUGUCAUCGGUUGAGGAUGGUGGGUUGCAAUUUCAGGUUGUCAAGGACUCUGAUGUGGUGGAGGUCACUCAUGAAAAGGAAGGAGGCAUGCGUUGGAGUCAACCCCCGGAAGAAAUUGCGGAAGAUUGGAAGAACAGGAUCAAGGGGGGAUUAAGAAGUUCGCUGGACAGAGUUGCGGACAAACUCCUGAACGGCCUAGCUGACCAGCAUCGACUCUUCCUCCCUGGAAAAGGCAGCUAUCUGAUGAAUAAUCCCAUCUGGGGCAAAGAGGGAGACUUGCUAGUCAAUUUGAACUGGAAUGGUGCCGAUCCACCCAAGAAGAAGAAGCGUCAUCUGUACUCUUCUUAA